GUUACAAAACUUCUCGGUUCUAAGGAACGUCCGCGUCCCAGGAAGGAGUCCCAAGCGCGCCCAGCUUCCAGCGCUAAGGAACUCCGGGGCGUUCAUCAUGGUGGCCGAUCCGCCUCGGGGAGACGCCAAGGGGUUCGCGGCGGCUGAGCCCACCGCGAACGGUGCCCCGACGUUGGUCCCCAUAGAGGACCCGGGCGCGACGCGAGGCGGAUGCUGCCGUUCCCAGGACCGGGUGCGCCGCUGCCUUCGCGCCAACCUGCUGGUGCUGCUGACAGUGGUGGCCGUGGUGGCUGGAGUGGCGCUGGGUCUGGGGGUUUCGGGGGCCGGCGGCUCUCAAGCUCUGGGCCCCGAGCGCCUGGCGGCCUUCGCCUUCCCGGGCGAGCUGCUGCUGCGCCUGCUAAAGAUGAUCAUCCUGCCGUUGGUGGUGUGCAGCCUGAUCGGCGGCGCCGCCAGCCUGGACUCGAGCGCGCUCGGCCGCCUGGGCGCCUGGGCCCUGCUCUUUUUCCUGGUCACCACGCUGCUGGCGUCCGCGCUCGGCGUGGGCUUGGCGCUGGCCUUGCGGCCGGGCGCCGCCUUCGCCGCCAUCAACGCCUCGGUCGGGACCGAGGGCGCUGUAGAAGAGGCCCCCAGCAAGGAAGUCCUCGAUUCGUUCCUGGAUCUCGUGAGAAAUAUCUUCCCCUCCAACCUGGUGUCCGCAGCCUUCCGCUCAUACAGUACCUCCUAUGACACACGAAGCAUCAACGGGACCAAGGUGAAGGUGCCUGUUGGUACCGAGGUGGACAGUAUGAACAUCCUGGGCCUGGUGGUCUUUGCCAUUGUCUUUGGUGUGGCCCUGCGGAAGCUGGGACCCGAGGGGGAGCUCCUCAUCCGCUUCUUCAACUCCUUUAAUGACGCCACCAUGGUGCUGGUCUCCUGGAUCAUGUGGUAUGCCCCUGUGGGCAUCUUGUUCCUGGUGGCUGGCAAGAUCGUGGAGAUGGAGGAUGUGGGGAUGCUGUUCGCCAGUCUCGGCAAAUACAUCCUGUGCUGUCUGCUGGGCCAUGCCAUCCACGGGCUCCUGGUGCUGCCCCUCAUCUACUUCUUCUUCACCCGCAAAAACCCCUACCGCUUCCUGUGGGGCAUCGUGACAGCGCUGGCCACUGCCUUCGGGACCUCUUCUAGCUCCGCCACACUGCCACUGAUGAUGAAGUGCGUGGAGGAGAGGAACGGCGUGGCCAAGCACAUCAGUCGCUUCAUCCUCCCCAUCGGUGCCACGGUCAACAUGGAUGGUGCGGCGCUCUUCCAGUGUGUGGCCGCGGUGUUCAUUGCACAGCUGAACCAGCGAUCCCUGGACUUUGUGAAGAUCAUCACUAUCCUAGUCACUGCCACGGCGUCCAGCGUGGGUGCUGCGGGCAUUCCUGCCGGGGGUGUCCUCACUUUGGCCAUCAUCCUGGAGGCGGUCAACCUGCCUGUCCAGGACAUCUCCUUGAUCCUGGCUGUGGACUGGCUAGUAGACCGGUCCUGUACCGUCCUCAACGUGGAAGGCGAUGCCUUUGGGGCGGGACUCCUCCAAAAUUACGUGGAUCGCUCGGAGUUACGGAGCUCGGUGCCAGAGUUGAUCCAAGUGAAGAGCGAGAUGCCCCUGUCUCCACUGCCCGCCCCCAUCGAGGAGGGGGACCCUCUCCUCAAACGCCGCUCUGGACCUGCUGGGGACGCGGACCCCUGCGAGAAGGAAUCAGUUAUGUAAGCCCCAUAGGGGUGUUCCCUGCCGUGAUGGGCGCGGCUCUGGACAUUGGGAUUAUGAACUGGGGCUUUGGAGGCUCUGUCUGCACGUUGGGGGAUCUUGGGGGCCCUAGGCGCUCCUUCCGCCCCCCGACCCGGCAUCAGAUCUGGGAGCCCUCAGUGCCGGGGUAUAUGUGUAUGUGUGUGUUUCUUCCCAAAACUUCCCCAGUCCUCGAUUCGUGUUCCCACCCAUGGCUGGGAAACAAGUUGGAGAAAUAGUGUAAAUGUCUUCUGGGCUCCCCAUCUCCAGGCACCGGUUGUCACGUGGACUUCUGCCCUCUUCGAGAGGAUGAAUGUUCAGUGGGUUACUGGCUAUUUUGGUAGCUGUGUGUGUGUGUGUGUGUGUGUUUUGUGACUCUAUGGUACAUCCCACCCUGUCCCCAGGCCCUCUCUUCCCUCCACAGUAACAGAAACACUCCAUGGGACCCUGCCGGGGAGGGGAGACCAAGGACAAUGACUGCUGUCACUCCAAAGGGCCUUUUUGAGCAAUAAAGUUGUCAAGCAUUUCUCAUCA